AGCUAUAAAACUCAACUUUCUUCUUUAGUUACAACCAAUCCAUUUUCGCUCCCUCUCUUUUCUUUGUUUUCAGUUUCUCAGCCGUACCGCAUACAAUUCUUCCCCAAUUUUUUUUUAUUUAAAAAAAAAAAAAAACUCCAUUGAAGGUCAAACCAGACCUCUCAUGGCCGCCAAUGCCUAACAAUCCAGAUACCUCAUUUCCUUCUUUGCCCUUUUUUACUUUACUCCCUCACCACUUGUGCUCAUUCUCUUUCUAAAAUCCUCACAUCUCCCCACAUUCUCUCUCCAAAACACACACCCUCUCUCUCUACACAUAUAUAAUAAUAUUUCUAUAUUGAUGUGUGUAUGUAUAUCUUAUUGCCUGGUCCAAGCUAUUGGUUUCUGUGUUCAAAAAGAGAGAGGAGAGAGAGUUGGUGAAAUAUCUGAGCAUUUGGAGAUCUGUUCUUGCAAUUAUUAUGUGGCUUUUGGUUGGAGCGUUUGAAGAUCUGAAGAGUACGUAAGUUUUUAUUUAUUUAUUUAUCUGUCUCUCUAGAAAGAUCAGAUCGAGCUCUAAUGGGAAGCAAAUGGAGGAAAGCGAAGCUCGCUCUGACGUGCCUCUACGUCCCGAGCACAGUAGAGGACUCGCCACCGUCGGUUCAGUCCGCUGGGAGGUUCUCCGACGCCGCUUUGCUCUCUCCGGCGGCGACGAGAGGCUCGGACUUUUCAAUGCCUACGACGCCGAUUCCUUCUUCUUCUGGUCUCCGGUUGCCCAAACAUGGCUCCAAAUCAUCUAAGAGGACUUGUGCAAUUUGCCUCACAACCAUGAAACCAGGCCACGGCCAUGCCAUUUUCACUGCAGAAUGCUCCCACUCAUUCCACUUCCAUUGCAUUACUUCUAAUGUAAAACAUGGAAACCAAAUUUGCCCUGUCUGCAGAGCAAAAUGGAAGGAAAUACCCUUCCAGAGUACUUCCGACCUUUCCCACGGAAGGGCAAGAAUAAACACUGUUUCUUGGGGACGAGAUGAUGCCUGGAUGACUGUUUUAAGACGGCUUCCUCCUCCUCGUGCAGAUGCCAAUAGGCAUAUUUCAUCAUAUUUGCAUGCCCCUGAGCCCAGUGUUUUUGAUGAUGAUGAACUUGUUGAUCAACAACCUGAUAUUACUGCAAAAGGACCCAACAAUAAUUGUGUUCCUGACAAUAAAUGUGUUCCUGACGACUGUUCAAUUGGAGCAAUAGAGGUGAAGACAUACCCAGAGGUUUCUACUGUUUCAAGAUUAGCCUCUCAUAAUAAUUUCACCAUUCUUAUCAAUCUCAAAGCUCUUACAAACAGAAGACAAAAUUGCGGGGUAAAUGAGGCUAACUUGCCACCAAUAUCCAAAAAUCCUCGUGCUCCAGUUGAUCUUGUCACAGUACUUGACGUUAGUGGUAGCAUGGCAGGUACCAAGCUUGCUCUGCUAAAACGAGCCAUGGGGUUCGUGAUACAACACCUUGGCCCUUCUGACAGGCUUUCAGUUAUUGCCUUCUCCUCCACUGCUCGCCGUCUCUUUCCCCUUCGUCGAAUGAAUGAUACUGGACGACACAAAGCAUUACAAGCCAUAAAUAGUCUGACUUCAAAUGGUGGGACAAACAUUGCUGAGGGCCUAAGGAAGGGUGCCAAGGUUAUGACAGACCGCAAGUGUAAGAAUCCCGUGGGGAGUAUCAUACUGUUAUCUGAUGGGCAGGAUACAUACACUGUCAACAGUCCUGGUCAGGCCCGUCCUGGGAUUGAUUACCAGUCGCUUUUACCACUCUCCAUUCAUCGCAAUGGUGGUACAGGCCUUCACAUUCCAGUGCAUGCUUUUGGGUUUGGUGUAGACCAUGAUGCUGUUUCGAUGCACUCAAUCUCCGAAAGUUCUGGGGGGACAUUUUCUUUCAUAGAAGCUGAGGGUGUGAUUCAGGAUGCUUUUGCACAGUGCAUUGGAGGGCUUCUGAGUGUUGUGGUGCAGGAACUGCAGGUUGGAGUCGAGUGUGUGCACCCGAAGCUGCAGCUUGGUUCAAUAAAAGCAGGAAGUUACAAAACCCGUGUAAUGCCUGAUUCAAAAUUGGGUUUUAUCGAUGUUGGAGACUUGUAUGCUGAAGAAGAGAGAGAUUUUCUGGUAACGGUUGAUAUUCCAGUUGAUGGGUCCUGUAAUGAGAUGUCAUUGUUGAAGGUUAGCUGUGUUUACAGAGACCCCAUUACAAAAGAAUCAGUGACCUUGGGAGAAGCUAAUGAACUAAAGAUUCAGAGGCCUGAAAUAGCAGGAGAUUUAGUCGUGUCAGUGGAGGUGGACAGGCAGCGAAACAGGGUUCGAGCAGCUGAGGCAAUGGCAGAAGCAAGAGCUGCUGCUGAACAGGGUGAUCUAGCCGGUGCAGUGUCCAUACUAGAGUGUUGUUGUAAAGUAUUGUCAGAAACAAUAUCAGCGCAAGCUGGAGACCAGUUAUGUGUUGCUUUGGCUGCUGAAUUAAAGGAAAUGCAAGAAAGGAUGGCGAAUCGCCGUGUUUACGAGUCGUCUGGAAGAGCUUAUGUUCUGUCUGGAUUGAGCUCACAUUCAUGGCAGAGAGCGACUGCACGAGGCGAUUCCACUGAGAGUACAAGCCUCGUGCAAGCUUACCAGACACCAUCUAUGGUCGACAUGGUUACCCGAUCGCAGACUAUGGUGUUUGGUAGUGCAUCUCCUCAACCAUCAGUUAGACCAGCUCGAUCAUUUCCUGCACGACCGCAACCAAGGUAAUUGUACUUCUCGAAAUUAUGUUCACAAGAUCAAUCUGAGUGCCUCUUUUUGUCUCCUACUAUUUUGUUUUUCUUUUUUGUUGUUUUGGGAUGGUGGGUAUAUUUCCUUGUUUUGCAAUAUAGAUGAAUAAAUUUCUGGGAAGCUGGGAAAUUGGGUUUGGGGAAACAUGAUGAGAAGGGAAAAGUGGGAGAGUUGGGUUUACGAAUUCUGUGGGUUUUGUAUAUAAGGAGAAAUGAUCUUUUUUUUCUCUUUGAGAGGUGACAACGGAUGGGGGUAUAGUAUAGCCUUGUAAUUCUGGGGGAAUACUUUGGGAGAGAAAUUCUUCACUUAAUAUAUGAUAUAUCCACUCUCGAUUCUUUUGAUGAAGUUC